AUGGUUGACGACGAGCAUCUCUCCAAGUUGAUUGAAGAGAGAAAGGAUGACGGUGGUUCUGUUAGUGUUGUAGUACAGUACAGUUCGAAGCGUACUACACACACAAAGAAAUUCGAAAGUCAACGACGCCGGAUAGAAUCAAUGGAAUAUGCGUUACAAAGAUUCCCGUAUCGCAAAUUGGUCGCCUACUCGGACGGUGUGGAGCCACAACGCCCUUGUGUUUUCUGCAAAGCGCAAUCCGCUCAUUUUUCGGACUCAUGUCCCAUUGUCCAAGAUGCACGCACACGGAACCAGAUCAUCGAUGGUGGCAAAUUGUGCCCUUUUUGCUUGGAGCAAUGUGCAGACAGGUGCGGCCUGAAGAAAAAAGAAUGCUGGUACUGCGUCAGAGUGUACAACACACCCUUCGAAGACCUUAUUCCCAGUGAGAGGCAUCACAAAGCAUUGUGUCCGGUUCCUGAGGCUAAAGAGCAGAUGCACAUAUGGCUAGAAUAUGCUCUCCACGAAUGGCAGGGAAUGGAACGUGGCAACAGAUGGGGUGGCCGGGAGUGUCGUGGAUGGCCCACUCCACGAUCUACUACUGAAUGGUAUUGA